AUGGUCGAGCCGCUCCAUAUUGCCGGCUAUCCUACGGACAUGAGUCCGGCGUACGGCACUACUCAGCAUGCUCAGAAGUCUGAUCGACACUGUGGGAGCUCAGGCUCCAGCAAAGGUCAGAAAUCAGCUGCAAAGAGCUCGAUGGCCAAACUCGAGACUGCCAACGGUCUGGGCUUGCACGACGCUCAAAAUCUCAAGCAGAAUGCAGUAAAUGAUUUCAACCGAGCCAGCGAGGCCCAACUUCGGCACGACGUCGCGCAAGGGGGCGGCCCGUUCGUCAAGCAGCCUGUUAACGGCACUGGAGCGUCAUACACCAGCGCGAGCUCAGAAGUGCAUCGUGUCGAUCAGGUUAGGGAUGUUUCCGAGGCUGCAUAUCAAAGUAGCAGUCCUGAUCUUUCGACGGGCGAGACGCUCGUGCCAGACGAAGCGGCUAAUGGCUCGUCGAGUCAAAACUCCCUAUCUCACGAAAGGCCAUCCUCAGCCAUGCGAGCCUCAAAACAUCAGCAGAGCAUGACACCGAUGUCGGACAUGACACCUAUCGACGAUCUGAAGACUUCAGUCAUCUAUGACGAACAUAUUGAUACGGCAAACAACGGAGUCGCGCCUCUUGCAACGCAGCAGCAAGUCAGUGAGGUCGACGCCGCGGCGGGCAUCGUCAACGGAUCCUUCGUCUUCGUCGAGAGGCACGGAGUGGAACCUCCUCUCGACACGCCUGAACAGCGUGCAUUGGCCGAAGAAGCUGCAGCCGCCUACAUUGCAGCGACAGAUGACGUAUUGAGCGACCUGCUCGUGGAUCGAUAUCACUUCAAGUCAAGACAGUCUACACGCAAGCUCACAAUUGGCUACAAGCGCUCAAGCGUGUCGGAUGUCGAAGUUGCAUCCAUUGUGGACGAGCUCUCGGAAGGCGUCAUUGAUGUCGACGCGGCCACCACACGGUGCAUGGAGCUGUCGCCACUGUUGCAGUCGUAUCCAUUCAGCACGAUGGACUACCCCUCAGUCUGCCGCACAUUCCGAGAGCAAGUCAAGGCGUAUCUGGAAGCGUGGACAUCCCAGAGCCAGUUCGUCAUCGGCAUGACCGAUCGAUACGCAAAAGCUCUUGCACUGCAGCGAGGCGAAAGCAUCGACCCACCCCGUCUCAUUCCUCACGCUGAUCAUGCUCGAUUUGCUGCAGAAGCAACUGCUCGCAAAGGCAAAGGCAAGGUGAAGCUGACGAAUGGUCAUCUCGCUAGCAGCCAAGGCUCGGCAAGUGCAGCGUUCGCUGCUCGAGGAUCUGGUCCAUCAGACCCCAGCAGCCAGUUCAUUCGAGCUGGGCCUGCUUUGCCCUACAUGCCGGUCCCGGCGCCGAUACCAAUAUCAGGCCCACAACGGCAGAUCACACUGGCAGAAUUCAGCGAGCCAACGAGUCCUGAGCCGGCCGAUGACGCGCACUUCUCCCUCGACAAUCACAGACAUAUUCAUCCCGAGCCACUCGAGACAGGCGUCUUCGCGACGCAAGAUCUAGCAGCUGGCACGCUCGUCUUUGCGUUACAAGGCAAGCUGAGUGCAAUCAAAGAGUCAGAAUCCAAUGCUCGCGAUGGCACUGUCGAUAGCCUACCCCAACAUGUCAAGAACUUCUCCAUACUCUUCGAUCCCAAGACAAAGAAGAACUCGCUCUUCACUGGGCCGUCGCGCUUUGUCAACCACGACUGCAACAGCAAUGCGCUGCUCUGUCGACUACCGAAUGGUGUCGUCGGCUACCGUCUCCGUCGUGCUGUCGCAUACGGCGAGGAGAUCACCGGUAGCUACGGCCACGAGUACUUUGGCCCGAAUAACGAGGACUGUCUGUGCCAGGAUUGCGAAAUAGGCGAGAAAGGCGCGUAUCGAAAGUUGUCGGCAGAAGCGAAGGCUCAGUUGAAAGUUUGUCGAGAGGUCAUCCGUCUCAGCAAGCCACCGCCGGAACCUGGUAUGACUGGUCGCCGGGCAGCCUACCAUACUUUCGCCCAGCAUACCGUGCCCGAGGACUGGAUCAAGCCCGGCGAGCGCACGAAGGAGCGCGCUAGAGAAGCAGAAGAACGGUCGGCACGCGUAGCGGAGGAAGAACGCGAGAUGAGAAAGCGGAUGGCAGCGACUAAACGCGAAGCAGCGCUCCAAGAACAAGAAAGGAAAGAACUGUCUCGCAUGACCCAGAAGAGCAAGGGCAAGGGCAAGCAACUUGGUGAUGCAUUUGCGAAAGGAAAGCAUGCCAUGUUUGCUGUUGUCAAGAAACACAAACGUCCGAAGCGCAAGAGCGCGUCAAGGAUACCAGUGGCGUCAGCAUCUGUCCAGGCGACGCAGAUACCGCCGAAACCGCUUCAGCCUGUCAUCGGAAAGCCCUCGACGUUCGAGUCCGUGCAAGGCGACGACUUCGAGGCAGCCAUGGCGGAAUACUAUUCGCGAACGAACAAGCGACCGGCAUCGCCCACAGUCGUGCCCAGCCUUCGGGAUGACGAGCAGAACAGCAAGAAACCGCGACUGAGCAGCGAAGACAUGAGCAAGCGAAAGCGGCACGGUACUCGGGGCAAGGAAGGCAUGUGGGGUAAGAGCUGGACAUUCGUCAAAGAAGUCGAUGGGGAAGAGGUAGAGGCAAGGCUGCGCAGAAUCAGAAUAGAGACGCAGCAGACGCGCUGGGGGCGAUCGUCUCGUUCAAAGGUCGACCUGAGUACGCUCACGCCUGACUAUCUCUCGCUCUGA